CAGAUUGUUGUCGAGCCUGCUGUUCAUCACCACGUAACCCACCAUCAUCAUGAGGCCCCGCCAUGACGCUAUGGAGCAUGAAGUCGAUCUCUCUAUGCCAGGAAAAUAUCGAGCUGGCAUCUACGCCAUUCAUAAGCCUCAAAAUCACGAAUCUAGUUCCUCGCCCGCCCCGGAAGGUGAAGGCAACGAGAUCGUAUCACCCCCUGCGACAGGUGAUUUCUCCGAAAUUCGCGUCUACAAGUCGCGUCCUCGUGCCACAUGUCCAUCGAUUAAGGACGUCACUACCAACAUGGCGCUGAGGUUCAAGAACCUCCAUAUAGGCGUCACUUUCCGUCGGUUCAACGAUCUGCCCUCCGAGAUCCGCUGCCACAUCUGGCGGGAAACCUGGGAGCAUCGAACCGUGACCUUAUCACGUUACAUUUACCGAACUGUGCUGCACGGUGCCAAGUAUCAAAUCGAAGACAUUACUGCAGGUAACGAGUCUAGCCAUCGGCUCAUGCGGAUCUAUGCAUCUCGACUGGUCCGUCAAAUCUGGGGCAUCAAUGUCAACAUGCCAUCAAAGCCGAGAGAGUAUCUUGACACGGCGACGUGGAGUGCCACCAAACCUCCUCCCAGCCUCUUCAUCAACAAGGAGUCACGGGCCGAGACCCUUCGACACUAUGAGCAAGCUCUUUACCUUGCCGGAGGAGGUUCAGUCUGUUACUUCAACUUCGAUCUGGAUAUCGUGCGAGUCCCCGUUCACAACGCCGUUGGCAUGGUUCUCCACCCAAAGCAGUUCAAGAGACUACAGCGUAUCAGUAUCCCCGAGCUGUCGCCUGCCCUCUCGAGCUUCGCGAACAAUGUGGGGCAAUGGGAUGAAGCUGAAAUCACCACUGCGGGCUGGACAAUCGUCCCUACAAUUGAAGACCCUCCCAUCUCGUUUCCAGAGUUCGGACGUGUAUGGAGACUGCUCCGAUGGCAGUAUCCAAACCUGCGCGAGAUCAAUCUCGAGAGAUUCUAUCAGUGUAACCGAUAUGAGUCGACCAAGACGAGCCGAUUGGAUUAUCCCCUUGACCUGGCAGCUCGCCCACAGUUCCGCCGCAUCAGCAAUUUCGAUGACCAUUGCCACUCCUGCUUCAACAUCCAGAAGGCCAUUGACCAGCGUUUUCCGCAGAUUAUCAACGCAACGAAGGGGACUCAACUCGACAUCUGGCGAAUCCUAGACCAUCACCAAAUCAGCGAGCCAGUUUGGAGACAGAAGAAGCUCGUCAUUGGUACACUCCCGGCCGAGAACGGACGCAAUGAGGAGAAGGUCACAGUGACGUACUGGAGAGUUCAUUCCUGGAGCUCUGGCGGAUCUCAAGUCCCCACCCGGCAGGAAGAGCAGGCGGAGCGAACGUGCGUCGUUAGGUCUCUUGAGAGAGUCUUCGGAGCGCCUUCGCGCUAUGACUACGUCGCUUACAAAAUUUAA